AAUGGGAAAAGUGUUAUUCGUUUUGUUUUUAUUAAAUAGUGUAUAAAAAUCAGGAAAAAAAACUGCAACAUGUAUAUCCUGAUCGUCGCGUUUGUGGCGAGCAGUUUCAUCUUUGAAGUAUGUUCCGCCGUCCGCAUGACAACCACCACCUCAACUUUGCCACCACCAACAAUAUCAACGCCCGUCACGAUGGCCUACAGCCCCGAACUGCCGACAGUUCCGCCUCAAGUCUGCGCCGAAGCCACCAGUACUAUCACGCCGCUGGGAAGACUGCGCAGUGCUAUGAGAGACAUCAGCUACGUGCAGAAGAAUGUCUUGGACGCUUUUAUUAUAUACUACACCGACGAACAUUUGAGUGAAGAGCCAUCAGCGGAUGAACGCAGAUUAGAAUACUUCAGCGGUUGGGACGGCCCCGGCACUGCUGUGGUGCUGGCGGACGGCGACGCGGUGGUGUGGGUGCCGCCCGGCGAGACGCGCCGUGCUCGCGCCGUGCUCUCGUGCGCAUGGCACGUGGUCGACGUCGACAACCUCAGUCCGACCGAUGGCAUCGGCGAAUGGCUCAUUAAGUACGCGCCGCGUAGCGCUCGCAUCGGCGCCGACGCUCGUCACAUCAAUAACAACAAAUGGGAGGCGUUGUAUAACACCCUGCAACGGGAGGGCAUGCAGCUUUUCGCCAUCCCCACCCUUCUCGACCAGCUGUGGAAUGAGGAACUCGACCCGGAGAAACGAAGACCGGAAGUUAAUAGAGUCGUGGCUAAGUUGCACAAUUCCUCCUACACAGGUAUGACAUGGCGUCAAAAAGUUAACCUUGUCCGCAAUGAGCUCCGGUUAAGUGGUGUUGAAGCCAUGGUGGUGACUGCACUAGAUGAGGUGGCGUGGCUCCUCAACGUGCGCGGGAGGGACUUGCCCUAUGCGCCGCUUCUGAAGGCCUUCGUCUUCGUCAGUAUGCGAGAGGUUCGGGUCUAUGCGCCUCCGGGAAAGCUCUCUAUGCCAGUGCGGGAAGCUCUCGCAGUGUACAACUGCUUUCCUAACUCUAACAACUGCACCAGGGUAAAGGACUACUCUGAGAUAUAUUCAGACUUACGAAAAGCUACAGAGUCAAAGAUUCUCAUACCGCAAGAGGGGACUUUCCAAAGAGGCGCAUCGGCUGCUAUCGCUCAAAUCAUCCCGGCUACCAAACGAAAGUUUCAAACUUCGCCAAUACUGUAUUUCAAGGCGCAGAAAAACCAAGCGGAGAUAAUGGGGAUGCAUAAAGCACAUCUACGUGAUGCUGUGGCCAUGUGCACCGUCCUGAGUUACAUGGAAGUCGUGGGGAAAUCUGGCUUAAACGAGAUAACAGUGGCGACGAAGGUGGACAUAACUCGCGGCACACAGGCCGGCUACGUCGGCAUGUCCAUGCAAACGCGCGUCGCCUUCGGGCCCAGUGGCGCGGACCCAGAGUACAGGGCUACCAGGGCCAGCAAUAGAAGGAUAUACCCCAACUCCACGCUUGUUAUACAGUCUGGAGGGCAAUACUACGAAGGUACAACGGCAGUAACGCGGACUUUACAUUACGGGAUACCAACAAGAGAGGAGCGCAAAGCAUACACGACCGUACUGCGCUCGCUGGCGGCUCUGGCUAUGCUGCAGACACCGGCCACGCUACCAGCAGGGCAUACAGACCCUAUCGUUAGAGCGCCUCUAUGGGCUUUCAGACAAGACUAUAACCAGCCUACUGGGUACGGGAUGGGGGCUGCUUUGAACAGAAAAGAGGAUCCAGUUGUAAUUGAUUACAAGCAAGAUAUCAAUUUGCAUCCGUUUAGAGAAGGCUACUUCAUUACUUGCGAGCCGGCUUGGUACGAAAUGGGAAAAUAUGGAGUGAAGUUAGGGAAUGUUCUGGAAGUGGUGCCACGACCUGUCGGAUACCUGAGCUUCCAGGAAGCGACGCUCAUACCUUACGAAUAUAAAUUGAUUGAUAGGAACCUACUAACAGAGUACGAGAUCAACUGGUUAAACGCUUACAACGAGCGAAUAAGGAAGAUAGUAGGUCCAGAGCUAAAAGACCAGGGACUUACCGACGUCUACUACUGGAUGAUGAACAAAACAAUACCCAUCGAGUCGCCCAGAGCUAAGAAGAACAGCCCAAACUCCGCCUUCUCUUAUACUGUCGAUUUUGAAAUUACUUUAGCCCUCGCAUCUGUGGUCUUCACUUUCGAUCGUUAUAUGAAUUACUAGGGGUUAAAUUA